AUGAUUCAACAACCAUUUCUUACUCCAUCAACUAUUUUAAAUAAUAUUAAUAAUAAUAAUAAUAAUAACAAAAUGCAAAAAGUAGAAACUACAACCACCAUUCCAGCAAGACCAGUUGAACAACCGGUCAUGAAUAUCAUCAAAAAGAGACCAGCUGAUUUAUACUUUUGGGUUGAAAGAAAUAGGGACAAAGAGUUAAAAUACCCAAAAUACAAUCACACAAAUGCGCAUUUCAAAUAA